AUGGCCAAAGUUAAAGUUGUUCUCCCGCUCGUUUUCUUCCUCCUCCUCUUUAUCUUUGAGGCAGGCGCUGUUCCUCUCCCCCCUCUUGGGCCCGAUGGUCGCUACUCGCAGACCCCCGAGGAACUUCUCGCCUUUGCCCUCUCCUUCUAUACCGAAAUCAAGCAAUCAGACGAUAAGGAGUCGACCGAGCUCAAAAAGCUCUUGAACCAGCUCGACAUAUCCAACAAGAUCCUGCAGUGGGUGCAGGGCCUGAAACUCCUUGCCCCAGGGGCCGUAGUUUUCGUCGUCUGGGCCUUCAAGUCCUCGCCCGGACUUUGGGCCACAAGGGCCAAAGAAGCCAAGGGCUUCACGGACAUAGAGCUCGGUGUUUUGGGGCGCGGAAUGGCCAACAGCAAGCUGUUUAAGUUGACGGAGAGGAUGGAUCGCAUGGAUGAGCAGAUGAUCUCCGACAAGGAGGAUGCCGCCAAGAAGAUGAAGAGCAUCAUAGCCCGCGUGGACGAGCUGGAUAGAGGCCGCGCCGGGUCUUUUGACAGCCAUGUCCGUAACCGAGGAGGGAUUCACCAGCGCAGUCCAUCUCCGCGAAAGGUCGCAGGUGAGCACGCUCCUGAGGUGGCCAAGGACCUGUAG